CCUCAUAGGGCCCCACAAGGGAAAGUGCAGUAUAGGUGAGUGCAGGGAAGUCACACAAGGAGCUGGGCAAGCAAUAUGAGUAGUACAGCAGUCACCCAAAGUACUCAAUAAAAGAGAUUAAGCCUGAUUGUGAUCUACGGCAAUAAAUUCCAGAACUUACAUCAUGCUGCAAUUGCCAGUAAUGACACUUCUCUUGCUGGCAACACACACACCUUACAUUAAUAUGGCCAUUCGUGAUCCAGAGGACACCAUAUUAGACCACAUAUCAGAGCUCCUCAAUCCUGAAGAAUGCCACGAGCUCUACCUCCGACUGGCCAUCCCACCAAAACACGCCGAGCAAUCAUCUGCAGAGAAGGAUCGCUUCUCCCCGAGCCAGUGGCAAGACAUCUCUAACAUGGACCAAUGCAAAGAAAGGCUUAGCCACUGGCUGGAAACACAUAGAGGUGUUGUGGGUUGGGACCGCUUGGCCCGAGCUCUCCGACAAAUUGGACGCCCUGAUAUCUCCCGCGAACUGAAGAAGAGCCUGAAUAAGAACAGGAAUUUGGAACCAAAAUGGGAGACAGAAGUGAAUCAAACCAGGGAGGCCCCCAAGUCAGCUCUGCUUCUUGAGCAGAAGGUCCCCACCCGGAGAACUCGUAUCAGCCGCAUUCCAAAUCACUCGAGGCCCCUUUUGAAGGAUGAGGGCUGGGGACUGCCAGCUUCCUUGCAGAGGUUGUUUGUGCGCCCUUUCAACAACCUGAUCCUCCAGCAGUAUAUUGGUUCAACUACCCGGCUGCUCAUUGUCAGUGUCCUCACUGGACUGAUCCUCUGGCUCAUUUCGGUCUAUUACAUCAUCUGCUGGAACCUGCGCCAGUGCCUCUUUGCAAAUGGAGGCCACUACGAUGGGACCCCAGCUGGGCUGAACAUGAACUUGACGCUAAUCUGGAAUCAUCUGUUGGAAGAAGACUUGUCAGAGGGCAUGGAAGAUCCCAAUACUUCAGGGGAGGAAGAAGAAGACGAAGAAGAGGAGGAGGAGGAGAACACAGAGGAAGAAUUUUGACCGAGUGCACAGCUCCCAGUGAAUUAUGCAGGAAAGUUGAUCUCCUUAAAUAAAUGCACUUGUGGCUCUUAAA